AUGAAGUAUCUAAUGGUAAUCCUUUUCACUCUUGCCGCGCUUUCCUCCAUGGUAUUUACCAUGCCUGCGCCAGAAUUGCUUCGUAGGGAUCGCCAAUCGAUUACCGUUACUUCACCAGGAGCUGGUCCUUGGAAAAAGGGAUCUCUUCAGGCUGUUAGCUGGUGGAGUACUGAUAUUCCCAGUGACUCCAAAGUUAUUAUCGAGAUUACUGAUAAAAGUGGAACCUCAGUCUUUAAGGACUCUAAAUCUGUUGGAACCGGUACCAUCGGCUUCACAGUUGGCAGUGGAUGGGAUUCCUCAAGCGUUUACAAAGCUAAGGUCUACCUCGAAAGUGAUUCCUCCGUUCUCGGCACAUCCGGCGACUUCACCAUUGCUGAUUAG